AGAUGGCGGCUACAGGGACCGGCCGAGUUUUUGUGAUUUUAGUCGUUUUUGUUUUUAGUUCGUGUGAAAGUUUCUUCAUCGGAGGAGAUUCUUACAAAAGAGAGCUGACCGUGAAGUUGUACCCGAACUCGACGCCCUCUGGCGGUGAGCUCCUUCACGUGACAGCUGUGGGCGGAAACGACACGCUGCACUACCUGUUCUGCAGCCAGGGGGCGCCAGCAUUGCUGAUCGUGCACACCAACUCUUCUUCAUCUACUGUCAAGGUGAACUGGCCUGAGUUUUUGGCUCGUAAUACCAGCGGCAGCCUGAAAGUGGAGCCGCAGAGCAGCAUCCUGUACAGCAACGCCAUUGUCUUUAGCCGGCUGUUGGAGUACGAUGAUGAAAACAAUACGGCCGAGGCGAAAUCCAACUUCUUCCCCGCCUACGAGCUGAAGGACUUCAUCUGGACUCAGAUGAACCUGUCCGAUUCCACGGCGACACUGUGCGGGUCUCCCCCAGGGUCCAGCAAAGGGUCGCUCUGCCUGCAGUUGUCUGUGUUUGGCUCAGAGGGGCGUGUUGACCUUUGGCCCCGCCUCCUCCAUUCUGCUAACUCCUCCCAGUUGGAGGUGUGGCUUAACGGCCUGCCGCCCCGCUCCAAUAGGUCCAGGUUCAUGUUGGAGCUGCAGGCGGUGGGCGGGGCUUAUCCAUUAAGCAGAGUGGACGUUCACCGGUUCAUCGACGACGAAUACACACCUUCAAUAUUCCAGGUGUCUCUGUGGGUGUCUUCACCGAACAACGGCUCGGACGUCCUGGGUUUCGUCCAGUGGAAGCCAGUGGCGUACCGGACGUCCCAUCCGAGCCUGGAGGACGCAACGCCGUGCCGUAACUCCAAGCCACAGCAGCAGAGCGGGAACUCGACGUCAGCUUCAUCGGCUCUGAUUAAAGCUUUUUACUCCGACCCAGCAGCCAUGGGGAUGAACGUUAGCUUCGGCAUCGCUGGAGAGCCUUACUACAACAGCACCAUGUUCCUCAGCUGGACGAUUCUGGUGGGAAUCGGCUCCCCUCCGAUUGACUCGUUCUCACCGCUGGUGAUCGGCAUCUUAACGGCUGGUCUGGGGAUUCCCAUCGUCCUCCUGCUGGUGGGCGGAGCUUUCGUCUUAAUCGCAAAGAAGCGGGAAUCCUCAAGAACGGGCUACGAGCCAAUCAACUGACAGCAUAGUCCCAGCCAAUGGGAUGUUCAGACUUUUUUUUACCCUUCGGAUGACAUCACUGAUGAUUCAGCCAAUCGAGAAACAGUUAGUCCAAUAUUUCAGCGACAACUCAGAGCAGUUUCAGUCAGUAACUAAAAUUGGCAGCAUGCAGAAAAUUCAUUUAAUUAGAAACAUUGAGCAUGAGUAAGAUUCAAAAACUUUUAUUCUAUAUAAAGAAAAUUACUUUUAUUAUUUUUUAGACAAAUGUAUAGCUAUUUCACACAAUGUUGAGAUUUUAAAGCAAAGUAAUUACUUUGUAUCUCAGGUUUGACCUCAAACUAGAAACUACUGCUUACCCAACAUAUUUAUUUUAUUACAUACAUUGCAUACAUUUAUUUGGUUUGUUAUAAACCUGGAGGAAACGUUGCUUACGCCCCAAAAACAUAAAAAUAUUACCAAGUAUUUUUAGUGUAAUAUCUGACUACAUUUGAAGUAAGACAAAACUAACUUGCAAGUAACUUUUUUAGCAAAACAUAGGAGUUUGUUUUAAUGGAAUAAUUCCUUAAUUUUGAUAAAAAUGUUGCAGUUGCAAGGAAUUUUUGACUUAAAACAAGCUUCUAUAUCUGGGUAAAAAGUUACUUGUAAGUUAGUUUUGUCUUAUUUCAAGUGUACAAAUAAUAUUUGCAACUAGACCUAAAAUACUUGGUAACAUUUUGUUGCCAGUGCAUUUCAGUUGAGAUAAAUGUACCUAAAUUGUUGUUGGUUUGAGCCUGAACAUCACAUAUUCUGACCUGAAUUGCUUCAACCAAUCAGGGCUCACCAUAAGAUCACAAGGAAUUUAUUUAGGACAUGAACAGAAGCCUCAUUGUGAGCUUUUCAGGGUAUUAUGUUUUUUAAAAAAUAUUUUAUGUUAUUUUUGUAUUUUGCAGAUUUAAUGUUAAAUUCAACAUGCUUCAAAAAGUUUUGCUACAAUAAAAGGUGGAACGUG